GUUAGUUCUGGCCGGCCGGACCAGAUUUGUAUUGCAGGAUUCGCAGCCCCAACUGGGCCCCCACUUCCCUCAUUUAUCACUUUCCUAAACUUAGAUUUUCCGCAGUUAUUAUUAUGCUCCGCAAUAAAUAAUAAAAGUCAGAAAGAAAGAAGUGCAGAAUUGAGAGAUGGCUCUCCCGCAAUGCCCAUUAUUCCCAUCAUCAUUUCUCAGCCGCACCUCUAUCUUUCCCCACCAGUUGAACUUCAGGUAUAAGCACAUUCCAGUUUUACCCUCCAAUGCCCGGAUUACCAGGACCUGCUCUGCUGCUUUCUCUGCCUCGCCCAAUUCAUCCAUAACCUCUUUUUCUCAGUUGAUUGAAGCUUUAAUAAGUGGGAAAGACUUGACUGAAUCUGAAGCUGAAGAAUCUCUUGAGUUUCUGUUGGAUGGUGCAGACGAAGCUCUGAUUAGUGCAUUUCUUGUUCUCUUGAGGGCUAAAGGAGAAACCUAUGAAGAAGUGGUGGGAAUGGCAAGGGCUAUGAUAAAACAGUGUAGAAGAGUUGAAGGAUUAGAAGGCGCAGUUGUUGACAUUGUUGGCACUGGAGGUGAUGGCGCAAACACUGUAAACAUCUCAACUGGCGCUUCCAUUCUUGCUGCUGCUUGUGGUGCCAAAGUUGCUAAGCAAGGGAAUAGGUCAAGCUCAUCUGCUUGUGGAAGUGCUGAUGUACUGGAAGCUCUAGGGGUUGCUAUUGACCUAGACCCCGAGGGGGUAAAAAAGUGUGUAAAUGAAGCAGGAAUUGGAUUUAUGAUGUCCCCCAUCUACCACCCAGCAAUGAAGAUUGUUAGUCCUGUCAGGAAAAAACUUAAAGUGAAGACAAUAUUUAAUAUCCUGGGCCCAAUGUUAAAUCCAGCCAGAGUUCCUUUUGCUGUUAUUGGAGUCAGCAAAGAAAACCUUGUCUACAAAAUGGCUAAAGCAGUUCAACGGUUUGGCAUGAAAAGAGCAUUGGUAGUUCACUCAGAAGGCCUAGAUGAGAUGAGUCCUCUUGGAAGGGGCUCAAUCCUUGAUGUUACUCCAACCAAGAUUGAGAAAUUCCCAUUUGACCCAUUGGAUUUUGGCAUUCCACGCUGCACUUUGGAGAGCUUGAAAGGUGGAUACCCCGACUACAAUGCUAUGACACUUAAGCGAGUUCUACGCGGCGAAAGCGGACCAAUUGGUGACGCAUUGGUGUUAAAUGCAGCUGGAGCUCUCUUUGUCAGUGGACUUGUAGAAAGUUUGGGUGAAGGAGUGGAUCUUGCUCGGACAACAUUACUCUCAGGGAGAGCUUUGGAUUCUCUUCAUCUUUGGAUCCAAGUUUCAAAUAAAGUCAAAGAGUCGUCACAUCUCAGGACUCUAAGCAUUGGCCCCCACUAAAGUGGGCCCGGCUAACUCUUAACGAAUUUUACAACGAUGGUCACUCCAAAAUUCAAAUGCUUGGCCAGCUGAGGAGAGCACCUAUCCUGCUUCUUUUCCUUGGGAAUACCAUACCAUCAUAAUAAAAAUUAACAUUAGCCUUAUAUGUUUUUUUGGUACAGCAGGAAAUAAUAUUAGCCUUUAUUGUCACUGUACAAUUUAUAGAGAAAUGGUUUUGAAGGGUUAUUAUCAGUUUAUUACUGUGCAUUUAUUUCUAGUGCUACACCUCUACUGGUCAUAUUGUACUAGUAAUAGUAAUAAGAAAAAUAUAUGGAGCACCCUACUCUCACCAGGGCCGGCCCAAGCCAGAGGCAACCAACCCACUUGCAUAGGACCCAUAGUUUUUGAGGGACCAAAAAGAAUAUUUAAUACCUAGUACUAGUAUUACAUACUCCGUAAUUGUCAAGCCCGAGUCCAAGGAAAUAGAAAGAGAAGGAAAGAACGGAAGAGGAUGAAGCGGGAAACAUAGCAACAAUGUCAAGAAGUUAACCGAUUGGAGAGGGAUUUGAUAGACUACCAUGGUUGAUAAUGCCUCUUUCGUCUUGCGUCGCUAGCCCGCUGCCGCGCCCUGCCUCCAGACUCCGAGACUAAGAGGCGACUAGUCCAGCAUGAACCAGCCAUUCCAGAGGGUCUCCCUUUGCGUUGGCGGGUAAAAUCAGGAUGCUUCGAGGUGGAUGGACAAACCUCUUCUCCCUUCCCGGUGGCUGUUAAAACCUAGAAUUUGAUUUAUGUUGUUGCUUUUAUUUUAAUUUCAAUUAUAGUAGCAAGUUUAAUGUUGUUGUUAAUGGAGUCUACUACAUUGUGGGGUUAGCAAGUUGGGCCGCUCUUAUGCAUGAUUAAAACUCUGAGUCUCAUCUUAGUGUAGCCUUUGAAUCUUUGAUAUGAUGAUUUUGUAUAUA